GCAUGUUGAAAGACAACUCUGGUGAAGAUGGUUACCUUAACAAUUGGAUUCAUUCAUGCGAUUUAUGCCAAGCAGCGGCCUGCACACUUUAUUGCCACACCGACUCGGCUUACCUCUGCGACGACUGCGAUAAGCGUAUCCAUGGUGGCGGCAAUCCUUCGGCCAUGUCGCACCACCGUGUGUGGAUUUGUGCAGCCUGCGAGACUGCUCCGGCUGCUGUCACCUGCAGUGCCGACGCAGCGUCUCUUUGCAUCGAUUGUGACAUCCAAAUACACUCGGUGAACCCUUUGGCUCGCCGUCAUACUAGGGUCCCUAUACCUCCACUUCCGGGUGUAAAAUGUUCAUCCUCAAGUGUUCACCAUGAUCAGCUGCCUUGCACAAUGUUCGAAGGCCCUACUGCGGAACCAAGUCGAGAAAUCGACGAAGACGAGACCGAUUCUUGGUUAUUGCUUGAGCCUGAAAACACAGACAACCAGACCAUGAGUGGAUUCAACUAUGGUGAACAACGCGAGGAGUACGUUAACAUUGUGGAUACAUGUACCCCGUCAUGUGGCGAACAAUGGUCGAUUGAUCAGCGGCAAAUUGUGUGCUUGAAUUAUCCAGAAGAUAGUGGAAAUGAUAGUGUUGUUCCAGUUCAAACUAAUAAUCAACCAUUGCAGGAACAGACCAUUCACCUCAAUUCUGACAAUAGGGGAUCAAAAGCUGCAUUCACCACUCUCCCUUCAAGCACUCUAAGCGUUCCCAUGCCGCUGUUCAUUGCUGGCAUCCCAAAUUCAUACACUCGAUUUCCAGCAACAACAACUGAAAUCUUCCCAAACCCUUCGCUUCUAAUGCCGUUGCCAUCUGUGAAUAGGGAAGAAAAGGUUCUAAGAUACAGAGAGAAGAGGAAGGCAAGAAAAUUUGACAAGAAAAUAAGGUAUGCAUCAAGGAAAGCUUAUGCAGAGACUAGACCUCGAAUCAAAGGCAGAUUUGCCAGAAAAACAAACACGGGGGUUGAUGACGAUCACAUGUUCUCCAAGGAUGAUUAUGGAUAUGGUGUUGUUCCAUCAUUAUGA